UUUAGGACAAACAAACGCCAUCAUUGUUAUAUAUCUCCGCAUUAAAGUAACAUUGGGAAGUUAAUUCUCUCUCAGAAGUAGACGUUUGCUCAGUGAUACAGGAUUCAUAAGGAAAAUAUCGUCUUAAUCCCCAAAAUGACUCUGAUUGUGUGGACGUUAGUUCUCUGUGUUCUGAUGUACGGACCUGUGACUGAGGCCUGUCCCAGUCGCUGUAGCUGUAAUAGGAGUACCUCCUGUAAUGGGGCAUUUGUAAACUGUUUGCUAAAAGGGUUAACUGAAGUACCUUUCUACAUCCCCACAAAUACAUGUGAAUUGAAUCUGAAUGGGAAUAAUAUCACCACACUGGAAGAUAGCGCCUUCGACAUGUUGUCAAGUUUACGUAAAUUGUAAGAAAAUUAAAGUAAUAGAUAUGAAUAGCAAUAAU